CCGGCCCCGCUGAGCGCAGCGCCCUCCCGGCGGCGGCACGAUGCUGUGCUUCCUGCGGGGAAUGGCCUUCGUCCCCUUCCUCCUAGUGACCUGGUCGUCCGCCGCCUUCAUCAUCUCCUACGUGGUCGCAGUGCUCUCCGGGCACGUCAACCCUUUCCUCCCCUACAUCAGUGAUACAGGAACAACACCUCCAGAGAGUGGUAUUUUUGGAUUUAUGAUAAACUUCUCUGCAUUUCUUGGUGCAGCCACGAUGUACACAAGAUAUAAAAUAGUAGAGAAGCAAAAUCAAACCAGCCAUUUCAGCACUCCUGUUUUUAACUUGGUGUCAUUGGUUCUUGGAUUGGUGGGAUGUAUCGGAAUGGGCAUUGUAGCCAAUUUUCAGGAGUUAGCUGUCCCCGUGGUCCACGAUGGCGGCGCUCUUUUGGCUUUCGUCUGCGGUGUCGUGUACACGCUCCUGCAAUCCAUCAUCUCUUACAAAUCGUGUCCCCAGUGGAACAGACUGUCCACGUGCCACGUACGGCUGGCCAUCUCUGCCAUUUCCUGCGCAGCUGUCAUCCCCAUGAUUGCCUGUGCUUCACUGAUUUCUAUAACCAAGCUGGAGUGGAAUCCAAAAGAAAAGGAUUAUGUAUAUCACGUAGUGAGUGCGAUCUGUGAAUGGACAGUGGCCUUUGGUUUUAUUUUCUACUUCCUAACAUUUGUCCAAGAUUUCCAGAGUGUCACCCUAAGGAUAUCCACAGAAAUCAACGGUGCCGUUUGAAGAAAGAAGACUCCUAUCUCAGUCAAUGAAAGUCGCAGACAAUUUCUAGAAGGGGCACAGAGGACAGGCAGAGUUUUAGCCCUGAGUGGAAUGCAUGUAUGGCACAUCCCGGACUCGAAUUUCAUUAAGAUUCCCAACGGUUGUACUGUUUUCAAAGGUAUGUUUUCCUAGAGAAUGUAGAGCAUUUAUGACAUUGUAGCAACGUUUUUAUAAUUUUCCAAGUAGGCACUUUUUUAUGUUGACAAAUUCGUUACAGAAAGGAUAAGUGGUUACAGAAAAUGGAGAGCUCUUAGUUUGUACAGAUUCCCUUUUGCUUUUUCUGUGUGUGUGAGUGACUUAUGGAAAUACACUAAUGAGGAAUUCACUCAAAUGUAAAAUCAGGGGAUAAUCAUUUUUAAAUUUCAUUUUUAGAGAAUGAACUGUAUGAUUUUAUAUCACUAGGGCAUUUAUAAAAUUCAGUUUAUGGUCAUCACAGAGAUUUAGUUAAUAAAUUAACACUAAGGUACUCUGAUUUUUAGAUGAACUAAGCAAAAUGCUUCUACUGAAAAGCCUUAAUACUACUAUGCACAUUAACUCUAAGUGAACACAAUAACCUCAGUUUUGAAAUUCUGCCCUCCAUGGGCCUCCUUGCUCACAGGGCCGAAGCUUUUACCCUGCUGCUACCUGGCAGUCAGCAGUGGAUGGAAGUCCAGGUGGGAUGGAUUCAUCAAGGCAGAUUAGAAAUCAGAAGCCUUAUAACAACAGAGUAAAACAGAGGUGAGCGACUAACAGGAAAACCUCACUGGAUUCCAGAUUGUUGUCUUCGCUAGAUGAGCAAGGAGGAAAAGUGUGUCUCAGGGAACAUUCGUGGAAGGCAGGAUUAUGGGAAGGAGACUUUUGCUUAAUACUAAACCUCUGCAAAGCCAACCUGUGAAAAGCAUUAAAAGUAACAUUUAUAAAACCACCCUUUGUUGUUACUGGCAUAACUUGAUAUACAGUCUGACUCAGAAGCUGAAACUCACAUUUCGAAUUCAUUUUAUGCCAGUCAACACGUCGAAGGGAACAUAGGGCCGAGAAAGAGAGAGAAAGGAGAGGAUGCAGGGUGCACUUUAUUUGCUCCUCUUUGUAAUGCCUGUGGCGGGAUGUUUGCACACUAUAUGAAAUGUGAAUCACGUCCUUUGGUAAGCAAGACCUACGCAUUCCACCGUUUCACCCAAAUCGUGAAUGACAAAUGAAAAGCAAGUCAUUCCAGAGGAGGAAGUGGGCCUUGAAAUGUUAAGGCUUAGGUUUGAAAGCUGAAGAGAAGGAACUCUUUUUCAAGAAUCCUCCAGAACACAAAUCCGUGUCUGGCCAAGUGGGUCCAGACCUUGAGGGCAUAUGCCAAGGGCAGAGCGGCCCACUUGGACAGCCUUGGAGGGAAUCUGGUGGUGGUGAGCAUGUGAUGGCUUCUCGAUAACGACUUGUUGAGUGAAGGGGUGAAACUCAGAAGCAGUCAGCCACCUCUGUAAUGACAAACUGUGUCUCCCCUAAAUGUUCAGCAGUGGGAACGUGAUCACCAUGUCUCGGUCUGUUGUUACUUGUCAUAAUGCUGUGGGUCCCCAUUGUAACACUGGAACUGAAAGACUGAUUACAGCUGUGUCAAGCGUUCAUUAUUCUGAAGAGGGGGAGGAAUGCCAUAUAUCUUUACCGUGGAUGCAUUGGUGUAAUAGAUGUAAUAGAUGCACAGAUGUAAUAGAUGUAAUAGAUGGCUCCAUGGUUGGGUCUCACUUUGAACAGACUUUCGUUAUCAGUGCUUCUCAUGAUGCGUUGUCUUCAUUUCCACAUCUCUCUGCGAGAUUAGACUGGGAGCUCCUUGAGGGCAGAGCAUGUGCCUUAAUCUUUACCUUUGUAAUUCCAGCAUUUACCAGGGUGCCUCCUGGUCCAUAGUAGGUGCUUAAUAAUGAGUGCAUGAAUGAAUGAGUGAACAAAUGAAGGAAUAAAUUACUCUGGUUUACUAGUUAAGUGAUAAACAGAUGGUCUCUAUCACUCAGUAAUGUUGACUGUUCUGCUUUGUGUACUGUAAACAUUCCAGUUAUCUGGGAGUCACCAUACUAUGACAACUCUCUUCAACCUGGACAGUUACCAAAGACAUUGUUACAUGGGCUAGACAAAAUGGGACACCUGGCUUGGCAAACCGAGAAGGCCAGAAAUCACUCCAGACAAUCACAUUCAGCUGAUUCCAUGCAACCUCCAAAGCUGGUCUUAUCCACACUUCAGUGUUAUUUCUAAUUUCCGUGAACUUGCAUUUCCUUGGACCUCAUGACCUGAAAGAGUAAAAUAAACUAUUUCUUUGUUU